AUGUCAGAGUCUAAUAUAUACUCUCUCCUACAGAGGUGUACUCUCCUCCUACAGAGGUGUACUCUCCUCCUACAGAGGUGUACUCUCCUCCUACAGAGGUCUACUCUCUCCUACAGAGGUGUACUCUCCUCCUACAGAGGUCUACUCUCUCCUACAGAGGUGUACUCUCCUCCUACAGAGGUGUACUCUCCGCCUGCAGAGGUGUACUCUCUCCUACAGAGGUCUACUCUCUCCUCCUGCAGAGGUGUUCUCUCCUCCUGCAGAGGUGUACUCUCCUCCUGCAGAGGUCUACUCUCCUCCUACAGAGGUCUACUCUCCUCCUGCAGUGGUGUACUCUCUCCUACAGAGGUCUACUCUCCUCCUGCAGAGGUUUACUCUCCUCCUGCAGUGGUGUACUCUCCUCCUGCAGUGGUGUACUCUCUCCUACAGAGGUCUACUCUCCUCCUACAGAGGUCUACUCUCCUCCUACAGAAGUCUACUCUCCUCCUGCAGAGGUCUACUCUCUCCUUCAGAGGUGUACUCUCCUCCUGCAGUGGUGUACUCUCCUCCUGCAGUGGUGUACUCUCUCCUACAGAGGUCUACUCUCCUCCUACAGAGGUCUACUCUCCUCCUACAGAAGUCUACUCUCCUCCUGCAGAGGUCUACUCUCUCCUUCAGAGGUUUACUCUCCUCCUGCAGUGGUGUACUCUCCUCCUGCAGAGGUCUACUCUCCUCCUACAGAGGUCUACUCUCCUCCUGCAGAGGUGUACUCUCCUCUUGCAGAGGUCUACUCUCUCCUUCAGAGGUGUACUCUCCUCCUGCAGAGGUCUACUCUCUCCUACAGAGGUCUACUCUCCUCCUACAGAGGUCUACUCUCCUCCUGCAGUGGUGUACUCUCCUCCUACAGAGGUCUACUCUCCUCCUACAGAGGUCUACUCUCCUCCUGCAGAGGUCUACUCUCCUCCUGCAGAGGUCUACUCUCCUCCUGCAGUGGUGUACUCUCCUCCUGCAGAGGUCUACUCUCCUCCUGCAGAGGUGUACUCUCCUCCUGCAGUGGUGUACUCUCCUCCUACAGAGGUCUACUCUCCUCCUACAGAGGUCUACUCUCCUCCUACAGAGGUCUACUCUCCUCCUGCAGUGGUGUACUCUCCUCCUACAGAGGUGUACUCUCCUGUUGUUAUCUGUGCUGGCCACCAGGGGCAGCAGUGCUCUGUGGGGAGAGGACACAGGACUUUCUUCUGCAAAGACUUGUCAUUAAGACUGAGACCAAAGGUCUGUGUCCACAGAGAGGCAGGAGGGUUUCUCACCUGGAGCUUGUCGCAGAGGCAGGAGGGUUUCUCACCUGGAGCUUGUCGCAGAGAGGCAGGAAAGUUUCUCACCUGGAGCUUGUCGCAGAGGCAGGAGGGUUUCUCACCUGGAGCUUGUCGCAGAGAGGCAGGAGGGUUUCUCACCUGGAGCUUGUCGCAGAGGCAGGAGGGUUUCUCACCUGGAGCUUGUCGCAGAGAGGCAGGAGGGUUUCUCACCUGGAGCUUGUCGCAGAGAGGCAGGAGGGUUUCUCACCUGGAGCUUGUCGCAGAGAGGCAGGAGGGUUUCUCACCUGGAGCUUGUCGCAGAGAGGCAGGAGGGUUUCUCACCUGGAGCUUGUCGCAGAGAGGCAGGAGGGUUUCUCACCUGAAGCUUGUCGCAGAGAGGCAGGAGGGUUUCUCACCUGGAGCUUGUCGCAGAGAGGCAGGAGGGUUUCUCACCUGGAGCUUGUCGCAGAGAGGCAGGAGGGUUUCUCACCUGAAGCUUGUCGCAGAGAGGCAGGAGGGUUUUUCACCUGGAGCUUGUCGCAGAGAGGCAGGAGGGUUUCUCACCUGA